GAAGUCAAGUCUUGUCUGCAACAACAUUGAUUGACAACGAAUUAGUCAUCGUCUGUUAAUAUGUGAGAUAACUAAUUAUGUUAAAAAUUCUCCACCAUGGCAAAAAGCGGGCAAGAGGUUGUUUAUGAGGGUUGGCUAACGAAAUCUCCUCCAACUAAGCGAAUCUGGCGGGCAAGGUGGCGAAGACGAUGGUUUUCAUUAAAACAUUCUGGGGAGAUCCCCGACCAGUUUAUAUUGACAUAUUAUGCAGAUAGAAAUUGCAGAAAACUCAAAGGUUCUAUUAAUUUAGAUGAUUGUGAACAAGUUGAUUUAGGAUUGAAGUUAGAUGAACGAAAAUUAAAAUUUGACCAUGUUUUUGAUAUCAAGACAACCAAACGUACUUAUUAUCUAGCUGCAGAUUCAGAAACCGAAAUGAAGUCUUGGGUGAAUUGUAUUUGUAAAGUGUGUGGUUUAAAAUCAACAAGUGACGAAGACUUGCAUAUAUCUGAUAACAACGCAGUGAACCUAGAUAUAGUUUGUAGUGAAGAGGAGAAAGAUGACAAAAGUAUUGUACCAAGUUCGAUAAAUGAAACCCCUCCAGUAUCACCUGUUAGUACUAGUCCUUAUAUACCUAUAUCAGAAUGUAUUACUGGGAAAACUCCCAUUUUAACCCCACAAGAUUUCAAAGCACUGAUACAACAAAAUAUGAAGAACACAUUCAAACCAGAUAUAACGCAAACGAAUCAAACUUACGGAAUUUCGCAACGAAAUUACUUAAAUUAUGUUAACGACAUGCAGGAUCCUAGGUUUUAUGACAGUCCAAGAGUACUCUCUCCAUGUCAAGAUAAUGACAAAAAUAAGAAAAAUAAAGACAACUCGCCGUUACAGACACCAACUGAUACAGAAAGUGUAUUUACGGAUGACGAUAUGGCUGAUGUAAACGUUGUUGUUAAACAAAAAUUUACCAAAAACAAAAUUGAAGAAUGCAAUAAUAAAGUUUUGGCUCCACCUAGACCCCCAAAAACAGUCUACGUGGUUUCCUCCACUUACAUAAAUUUGAACACGCAGCAAAUUGGAAGUCCCAACCACAAAAACGAAAACAACCAAGAGGAAGACCGAAAGCAGCCGCCCCCGGGCGUCAUCACCGACGACAUGUACGACUUUCCCCGUUCCCACCAGAUUCCAGAAGCAGAAACCGUCCGUAACAUGGUCCUUCGACGGCAUUGCUACAACAAUGCCGCCCCUGUCAAAAUCGAAGGUCAGAUUUUCCGGUACGAUAUCUCUCCGAAGCCAUCCACAAGUUCGAAUCAUGUUUUUCGCUACGAUGGAGACGACAUCGUCGAUGAACCAGCUUCGCCUCUCUCCCAGAGUUCCUCCACGACAGCCUAUUCAAAUUUACCGAGUCCACUUUUGGCGGAUAGUCAGCUGAUGCCACCUCCAGUUGUUAACAGGGAUUUGAAACCUAAGAGGAAACUGUCGGAUUCCUUAUCGUCUUCUUCAAAUCCUGAGCCGUCGUCACCGAGAAAUGCUCCGUCAGUAGAUAGGAAGUUGAAACCUCCUACUCCACUGCAGGAAGCACACAAUCGCAAAAUAAAAGCGAGUCCAAUUAUGGCACCGAGUUUCGACGAAUCAAAAUGUGGCCCUAGUCCAACAGGCAGUAGAAAAAUGGAGGAUGACACCCCGAAAUUAAGAGCUGCUCCCAGCCCAACUUUACAAGGUCUGGGUCGUUCACAUGAAAGCUUGUUAUCGCAAAACAACCAAGAAGAACAAAUAUAUCAUUAUUUGCCAGUUAAAAUGCAAUAUAUAGAUUUGGAUCAUUGUGGACCUUCGAAUUUAUCUAAUAAUAGUAAUACAAUUCCGUCAAAAUCAUCGAGUGAUAAUACCGUUUACAAAAAAGUAGAUUUUGAGAAAACGGAAGCCUUUAACCUUACGAGGAACAAUUUAGAAAAAGAACGCAAGGAACCUGUUACCUUUUUAAAAAAGUGAUAGCGAAGAGUUUUUAUAUAUUUUUGUAAGUUUAUAGGGUAGCUUUUGUGCAAUUCUUAAUAUCACGAUUGUACAUUUAGGGUUUGUUUUGUAUUUUUGAUCUUUUUUGUAAUGUUGUAAUUGACAACUUUUGAGAGAGCUUUAAUGUUAUUUUUUAUUAAGUGGCCAUCUUAUGAAAUUCAUAUCAUGUAUUAUACUAGAACUAAUAUUUUUUUAUUCUCUAUGUUAUAUGCUUAGGGUGUAAGUCUAUUACAGAUUUUAAUGAUGUUAUGCAAAACAGAUACACUGAAUAAAGAUAGUAUUACCAAA